ACAGGCUGAGAGGGCGCUAUAGUUUUCCCGAAUGGUUGAAGAGUGAUGCCCAUAAGUUUAUAAAUUUUAGGUAGUAAAGCUUUAUUCUUUCUAGAAUAUUCUGUUUCACGUCAUUAACAAAUACAAAAGUUGUGUUGAAUAAAAAAAAUGCCUAUUACAUAUAUAGGGAAAACCACCCAUUUUAAGGGGAAGACGCUGUUUGAAAUUUUGAGUAAUCUAAAAAAUUUUGGUGUCGGAAGGUUAGUUGUCCGAAGUGCCUUUCAACGAUAUCCUGAACCGACUUUUUACAUUAUUAAAAAAGUGGAACCACAAAUGGAUGAAGAAAACAAGUUUGGCCGAGUGUGGGUUGAAAAAUGUUUCCGGGGAAAAAAAGUCCCAGGGGUUAGGGAAGUCACUACAUCUUAUAAACCAGAUUUUUGCUUAAUUUCAAAAGAGGAUGAAAGCUAUUACCUGAACUAUGAACUCAAAGAACCGAAGGUGGAAAGAAUUCUACCAAGAGAAAUUCCGUUCCCUCCCCUUCUUAGGGAAGUUCUACUUCGAGAACAAAAAGGACAAGAAGGAGUCAUGGAAAAUGAACUAAUGUUGGAGUUGCAUUACAGGAAACACGUUCUGACGAACUACAGAGUGGCAGAUAAAGGUGAAACUCCUUCAGAAAGUUUCAGGUAUCCAGGUCUUAGUCCCGAGUUUCUUGAAGGAAUCAAAGUGAACUACAAUGCGUGAGCAUUGUUUCAGUGGAACUUUAGACAGAAUAGACAUAACAGGUUUGAGAAAUUAAAUAGACUGCAACUGGUUGUCAAGACAACGUUUCAGCUUCCAUACUGAGGCCUUCUUCAGUGUAGAAUUCUUUUUUUUUCUUUCAACAGGCACUUGUAGUCCAUUAAAGAUCUCGUAUAUGAGUGUUAUUGUUUUUUUUUAAUAUUCUGAAUCAACAGUUUAAAGGUCGUAUGCCUAGAAAAAAAAUCUGCGAACAAGAAAUCAAGACUUGAACUAUGAUGUAGCCUUCAAAAUUUAGAUUCUGUUAAAAUUUGCAUAAUUAAUCUUUUCGUGACGACACCUUAGCUGAAGUAGACGUAAACAGUUUACACUUUAUGAUGUAAUUCAGAAAAUAAAAUUACGUCAACCAAGAG